GCGGAAGUGGUAGGUGUUAUUGUCGGAAGUGGAGAGAGAGAGAUUGUGAUGGCGGCUGCGAUUUUAGCCGAGAAGGUGUCGGUGGACAGCGCGGAGGAGAGGGAGCAGCCCCUGGCGGCUGCCGCGGAGCUGGCUGCCCAGAAGCGCGAACAGAGGCUGCGCAAAUUCCGGGAGCUGCACCUGAAGCGGAAUGAAGCUCGUAAAUUAAAUCACCAGGAAGUUGUUGAAGAAGAUAAAAGACUUAAGUUACCUGCUAACUGGGAAGCCAGAAAAGCUCGUCUAGAAUGGGAGCUACAGGAAGAAGAAAAGAAGAAGGAAUGUGCAGCAAGAGGGGAGGACUAUGAGAAAGUGAAGCUUUUGGAGAUCAGUGCAGAAGAUGCAGAAAGAUGGGAGAGGAAGAAGAGGAGGAAAAACCCUGACCUGGGAUUCUCAGAUUAUGCUGCUGCCCAGUUACGCCAGUAUCAUCGGCUGACCAAGCAGAUCAAACCUGACAUGGAAACCUAUGAGAGACUGAGAGAAAAACAUGGAGAAGAGUUUUUCCCAACAUCCAACAGCCUUCUUCAUGGAACACACGUGCCUUCCACAGAAGAGGUUGAUAGGAUGGUCAUGGAUCUGGAAAAACAAAUUGAAAAACGAGACAAGUAUAGCCGGAGACGUCCUUAUAAUGAUGAUGCAGACAUCGACUACAUUAAUGAAAGGAAUGCCAAAUUCAACAAGAAGGCAGAAAGGUUCUAUGGGAAAUAUACAGCUGAAAUUAAACAGAAUUUGGAAAGAGGAACAGCAGUCUAAUCCCUUUAGAAACUGUUUUCAGAAGCUUGAGAAUGCUGGGAAAUUGAAGUUCUCUUCAGAUUUCUACUAGGAAACCAGGACUCCCGUCUACUAUGCCUUCCCACUCAGCAUUUAGAAAUAAAUGCUUUUUCUUAAACGUA